AUGAAUAUCAAACAAUUAACUGUCACAAUUAUCUCAAUUUUCACUUCAAUUAUAUUUACCAGUUAUUGUUACACUAAAAUCUCAUGGUUACCUAAUUAUUACGAGAAAAUUGAUUCAAUUGUUGAAACUAAACAGUUAAUCAUUAAAGAUAAUCCGUUUCAUGGGAAAAUUAAUCUCACCAGAUUCAAUUUAAUUCAAUCGGAUUAUUUACCUUUGUACAGAUCAACUGGUGAUCAUCGUAAUCAUCAAUGCAAAUUAAAACAAUAUAACUCAACUAAAUUACCAACGGCCUCGGUUAUAAUUGUCUUCCAUAAUGAACAAUGGUCAACCUUAUUGCGAACAAUUAAAACUCUGAUCAACAAAUCACCAGAUAAUUUGAUUGAGAUUUUAUUGAUUGAUGAUUUAAGUACAACAAAUUCUAUAAAAUAUCAUCUUAAAAGUUAUUUAAUUAGUACACUCAAGAAUAAUAAAGUUAAAUUGGUACGAUCAACAUCUCGAAUCGGUUUAAUUAGUGGCCGUAAUUAUGGAGCUUCUAUUGCAAUUGGACAGAUUAUCGUUUUCCUUGAUUCCCAUGUUGAAGUUAAUUCUGGAUGGUUAGAGCCUCUUCUUGAUAGAUUGGCUCAGAAUCGUAAACGAGUUGUAUCACCGAUCGUCGAUCUGAUCAAUCCUGAAGAUUUCAGUUAUCAUCCAGUUCCAGAAAAUUACAUGAGUGGAUUCACAUGGAGUUUAACAAAUUUCAUGAUCCCUUUGAAAGCGAGCGAAAUUGAGAAACGGAAAAUUGAUCCUACAAGAGUAAUUAAAUCACCAACAACCUAUGGUGGUAUUUUUGCGAUUUCAAAGUCGUUUUUCCUUGAACUUGGUGGCCACGAUUCGGAAAUGAAAUUUUUCUCAUUUGAAUCAAUCGAUUUAAGUCUUUGGAUUUGGUCUUGCGGAGGCGAGAUUGAGAUUGUACCAUGUUCCAGAUUAGGUCAUGUUCAUUCACCGAGUUCAGUUACGUUUCCAAUGAAAAAGGAAACAAUUUAUCUUCAUAAUUCUGGUCGAAUUGUUGAAAUUUGGUUAAAAAAGUAUCGAAUGUUUUUCUAUCUUCUAUUUCCAUUGGUUGCAAGUGUCGAUCGUGGUAAUUUGUACAAUCGAAAAUCUCACCAAACUAAAUUAGAAUGUAAAAAUAUAACCUGGUACUUUGAGACUGUUUAUCCAUCGACACCAUUUCCAUUUGCUUAUCGGUCAAUUGGUCAAAUUGAACAUACACCAACAAUGUUAUGUUUUCAUUAUUCAUUCUCAUCUGAUCAACAAUCAAGAUUUGUUAAUCUUAAGCCAUGUCGAUUAAACCAUGGAAAUGAUUUGACUUAUUUUCGUCAGAUCUUUAUUCACACUGAUAUUGGAACAAUUAGAAAUGAUAAUUGGUGUCUUACUGGUAAUGUUGAUUACGAGCAAUUAACCUUCACUGUUUGUAAUUCUAUUGAUUAUAGUGAUUCUCAAAUUUGGAUUUAUUCAAAAAAAUCACAAUCAAUCAAUCACAAAUUGACUAAUCGCUGUAUCCAUUUACCAAUCAACUCUAAUCAACCAAUUCUCCACCAAUGUAACACUUCAAUCUUGGAGCAGAAAUUUUUCCUCCGGGACAAUUUAGAUUGGGACGAUGGAAACAGAAUCAUCAAAUGAGACAAUUGGUUGAUUCUAAAACUUUUUGAAAAGUUGAUUAAAUUACCUGAUAAAUGUUAUUAAUCAGACUAAAUCCAUAAAUCCAGUUAAAUAUAAAGGUAAAAGUAAAAGUUUUGUGUCUUUUCAGUUGAUAUUCAAUCACUUUCUGUCACUUUUAAUUGUUGUUUUUUUCGCGACACAAUUAACAUGCAAAAUGACGCUGGUCAAUCAUUGACCAAACAAUGUUUCUGUUACAAUGGUGGUAAUUGUCAUGUUUUCACUGGUCUGUGUGAGUGUCACCCUGGUUUUAAUGGACCUCAUUGUGAACUAUCGUGCCCAUCGGGAUUUUAUGGACUUGGUUGUAUCCAAAAGUGUAACUGUCCAUCAAAUGAAUGUCACAAUCAAUUCGGAUGCUCAAUUGACCCUUUACAACUUAAAUCAUCAUUAACACACUUGGAUGAGAAGACUGUCAACUUGAUUAGCUUAAUCAUAUUACUUAUUAAUUGUCUUCUCAUGUUGAUUGUUUGCUGGACACUUUGGACUUUACUACGAUAUAAGAAAACUAUCGAAAAGAAUAUCAAAACUGACGUAAAGGAGAAUGUUCAAUUCCAGAAUUCUGGUAAUACUUAUGUUUAUGAAGAAAUAGUUUAAUUACUGAGAAAAUCGAUUAAAUUAUUAUUCUUAAUAAGUUGAA